AUGAUGAUGGAGGGAUCGGAUAAUUGGAUUUUGAGACUGCAGGUUGAGUGGUUUUUCCUUUGCUUCUUCAUACUUGUUCGAUCAACUUGUGGACAAGAAGAAUUUGUGAGCUUAGCAUGCUGUGCUGAUUCAAACUUCACGGACCAAAACACCACUAUAAAUUGGAAACCAGAUGAUAGCUGGUUCCCUAACAGAGCAGGUUGCCUAUAUGAAGUGAAAGAAGCACUGAGCAAACAUGAGGACUAUGGUAGAGCCCGAAUAUUCGACAUAGAUUCAGGGAAGAGAUGUUAUAGAUUAACAAUUACUAAGGAGCAAGAUUAUCUAGUAAGGGGUACAUUUCUUUUUGGUGAUUCACUGAGGACAACUUUGGACACUUCCUUUGAUGUUUUGGUCGGUGUUACCGGAAUAAGCCAAGUAAACUCGUCGGAGGACUCAGAAGUGGAGGGGAUUUUUAGAGCUACUAAGGACCAUAUAGACUUCUGCUUAGAGAAGGUGCAGGGAGAUCCUUACAUUUCAAAACUUGAACUAAGGCCUCUGCAAAAUUUGAACUAUCUGCUGGGCUUUCCUUCUACAACUGUUCUUAAAAGCAUUUGUAGAAUUGAUGUGGGGAACACAGAAGGGAACAUCAGGUACCCAUUGGACAAAAGCGACAGAAUAUGGAAACCAGAUACAAAUUCAAUGGCCAAUGGAUCAAUACUCUCUGCCAACCUUUCCAACUACAGUGCUAACAAAGUGACACCACCUCUAGAUGUCCUUCAAACAGCUCUAUACCAUUCUGAGCUAUUGGAGUUCCAAGAAUCCCUCGACCAAAGGGACUAUGAGUACCGUGUGUUUCUCUACUUCUUUGAGCUCAAUGGGACUUCUAGACCUGGGGAUAGGGUGUUUGAUAUUUACAUUAACAAUGAGAAAGUAAAGGGAAAUUUUGAUAUAUUGGCAAAUGGGUCCAAGUACAAAGAGGUUGUUAUGGAUGUUAGAGCUAAUGGGUCUCUUGAUUUGAGCUUGAUCAAGGCCUUUGGGUCUCUGUUUGGGCCCAUUUGCAAUGCCUAUGAGAUCUUGCAGGUGCAAGAGAUCAAUCAAAGCUAUGGUAAGUUCGAUUUACAGGUGCAGCAGACUGACGAAAAAGAUGUGGAAGUGGCUUGGAGGGUGAGGAAUGAGUUGUUGGUGUCUAACCAAGCGAAUGAAGUGUUGGAGAGUUGGUCUGGAGACCCAUGUCUUCCAAAUCCCUGGAAGGGUUUGGCUUGUGCGCUCUCUAAUGGUUCAGCUAUCAUCACCAGUCUGAAUCUUUCUUCAACGAACCUUCAAGGGUCAAUCCCUCACAACAUCACUCAACUGGCCAACAUAGAAACACUGAAUCUGAGCUCCAAUCAUUUCAAUGGCAGUAUCCCAGAGUUUCCUUAUUCCUCCAUGUUGAUAUCAGUGGAUAUCAGCCACAAUUAUCUUGCGGGGUCACUUCCAGAAUCUCUAAUCUCACUGCCACAUUUGCAAUCAUUAUAUUUCGGCUGCAAUCAGUAUCUAGACAAAGAACGUCAAUCCAGCUUCAACAGCACAAUACGUACAGACAAUGGAAGAUGUGAUUCAAAUGAAUCAACACAUUCGCCACUACGCGUCGGUGUCAUCGCCACUGUUGCAUGUGGAUCAUUCCUAUUUACCGUUACAGUCGGAAUCAUUUUUGUUUGUGUUUAUAGACGAAAAUCAAUGUCUGGAGGAAGAUUUGAUGGGAAAGGACUCCAAAUGACUAAUAAUGUACUUAUCAUUCGAUCCAGCAAAGAAGAUGUCAGUAUAAAGUCGAUAACUAUUGAGAGGUUUACUCUAGAAUACAUAGAGACAGUCACCGAGAACUACAAAACCUUGAUAGGUGAAGGAGGCUUUGGGUCUGUUUACCGUGGUAUUCUACCUGAUGGCCGGGAAGUGGCCGUAAAGGUUCGGUCAGCAACAUCAACUCAGGGGACUCGGGAAUUCGACAAUGAGGUACAGCUGCUUUCACAAAUUCGGCAUGAGAACCUGGUGCCUCUUCUUGGUCACUGCUCACAAAAUGACCAACAAAUUCUUGUUUAUCCUUUUAUGUCUAAUGGCUCUCUACAAGAUCGCCUCUAUGGGGAAUCAGCAAAAAGAAAAACUCUGGACUGGCCAACCAGACUUUCUAUUGCCCUUGGUGCUGCUAGAGGUUUGAUGUCUCUUCACACGUUUACUGAGGGAUGCAUAAUACAUAGGGAUGUGAAAUCAAGCAAUAUACUUUUGGAUCAUAGCAUGUCCGCCAAGGUUGCAGACUUUGGUUUCUCAAAAUAUGCUCCUCAGGAAGGAGACAGUUGUGCUUCUUUGGAAGUGAGAGGGACAGCUGGUUACCUAGAUCCAGAGUACUAUUCUACGCAGCGCUUAUCUGAUAAAAGUGAUGUCUUCAGCUUUGGUGUGGUUUUACUUGAAAUUGUAACUGGUCGGGAGCCUCUCAACAUACAUAGACCACGCAACGAAUGGAGCUUGGUUGAAUGGGCCAAACCCUAUAUUAGAGACUCAAAGAUUGAUGAAAUCGUGGAUCCUAGCAUCAAGGGUGGGUACCUUGCAGAGGCAAUGUGGAGAGUAGUGGAGGUGGCUUUGACAUGUAUUGAGCCUUAUGCUGCUUAUCGACCAUCCAUGGUUGACAUACUCCGGGAGCUUGACGAAGCUUUGAUUAUAGAAACCAAUGCAUCUGAAUACAUGAGGUCCAUAGACAGCAUGGGAACUUCCUCUAAUCGCUUCUCUAUCGUCAUGGAAAAAAAGAUUGCUGUCACCUCCUCAUCAUCUCCAUCGGAGCCGUCACCUCUUAUGCCACAAUGCCCGUCUCCUCCACAGCCAAGAUAGUAAAAUGGGUGAAUGUGAUGUUUCAUCAAUAUGUGAAAGAUGGAACUUCUUUUUUCUUCUUUCCCUUUUUCAGUUAGGAAUUGACAAGUGAAUGAUGAUGGUUCUAGGCACAUAGUAUGCUAAAGAUAAAAGAGAAGUUCUAUUCGACACUACUACUCUUUUUGAGAUUAUGUAUCUUGCAGUUUAUUCAAU